CCCUCAGAGCGACCGGGCGAGUCUUGGGCAACAAGGUUUUCUCGCCACACACGCGAAAGUUCGUGAGCCAGGGCUGCUGUGAUUAUAACUUUUUAUCUUAUGCGAGCGGUUUAUUAGAUUAUUGAGUACACAUCACUCAAGGCGGGGGCAAAGGCCAUGCAUCGGCAACAAGGCCGCGCGGGCUCGCGCCACGGCAGCGCCUCCUCUUCACACAGACGUCCACGAGGAUGUUGGUCGGGGUCGUCGGGGUGCGGCCUGUGGCCAGCGCCACAGGCUGCCCACCCGGCCACGUCGUUGUCGCUAAGCGUGGGGGCUCCCACCGGCCUAGCGCCGGGCCCUCGCGAAGCCGGCGCCUUCAGGACUGCCAGCUCCGCGCAGCACGCGCAGCAGCUUGGAGGCAGCAACCCAGAAGAAGGACCCGGCUCGCAGCACCCGCCGCACGCGGCGCUGUCCCAUUCCCACUCCCACGCGCACAUUGACCCGGAGCUGCGGCUGCUGCUGGGGCUGCUGCCGUCGCGGGUGCGCGCUGUGCUGGAGGCGCGGCCGGACAUCGAGCAGCUGGUGGAGGUGGUGAUGGAUCUGGGUCGGCCGCCCUCGGCCCGCUUCCCGCACGGCGACGUGGACCUGUGCCCGGAGCCCAUGACCGCACAGGACCUGGACACAGCCGUGCGCCAGGUGGGCCACUUUGACGGCGACAACCGCGCCGGCAUCGACUCCACGCUGCACCGCAUCAGCGCCAUCCGCAACCGCGGCGGCCGUGUGGUGGGCCUGACCUGCCGCGUGGGGCGCGCGGUGCCGGGCGCGGCGGCGCUGGUGCGCGACCUGGUGCUGGCGGGGCGCAGCGUGCUGCUGCUGGGCAGGCCGGGUGUGGGCAAGACCACGGCGCUGCGGGAGGUGUGCCGUAUCGCCGCGGACGAGGCUGCCCGGCGGGUGGUGGUGGUGGACACCAGCAAUGAGAUCGGAGGCGACGGCGACGUGCCGCACCCCAGCAUCGGCGGCGCCCGCCGCAUGCAGGUGUCGCGGCCUGAGGCCCAGCACGCGGUGAUGGUGGAGGCGGUGGAGAACCACAUGCCGCAGGUGGUGGUGAUUGACGAGAUCUCCACGCUGGCCGAGUGCGGCGCGGCGCGCACCAUCGCGCAGCGGGGCGUUCAGCUGGUGGCCACGGCGCACGGGCGUCAGCUGGACAACGUGAUCAAGAACCCCACCCUGGCCGACCUGGUGGGCGGCAUCCAGAGUGUGACGCUGGGCGACGAGGAGGCCAAGCGGCGCGGCGUGCAGAAGUCCAUCCUGGAGCGCGCGGCGCCGCCCACCUUUGACGUGGCGGUGGAGAUGGAGGAGCGCGGCCGGUGGCGUGUGCACCUGGAUGUGGCGGCGGCCGUGGACUCGCUGCUGGCGGGCGGCGAGGCGGCGGGCCAGGUGCGGCUGCUGGACGACAGCGGUGAAGUCACCCACGCCACAUACAUGGGGACAGUGCGGCGCAUGGACGCCAGCGGCGCCACCACCACCAAUGAGUGGUGGUCGGACGAGUCCGGCCGCACCAUGGAGCCGCUGCUGUGGCCAGCGCAGCAGCAGGACGCCGCAGCCGCCGCGGCCGGCCCCCGCCCCGCCGCGCUCGGCGGCGCCAGCGGCGCCGGCACCAGCACCGGCACAAGCAGCUUUGCCACGCCCUCAGCCGCGGCGGCGCUUGGGGCGGCGUUGAGAGGGGCGGCCGGCACGGAGCGCGGCAGCGGUGGCAGCGGCUUCGCGCCGGCGCCGGUGGCUGUAGCGAACGCCCGUGCGGCAGCAGGGGGUCCCGGCAGUGCUGGCGCCUCCUCAUCUUCCUCUGCCUCCUUGUCCUCGUCCUCCCAAUCCGCGCCAUCCUCAUCCGCCUCGCCGUCGCCCUUCCCCUGGCGGCUGCGGGCGUUGCUGGUGAUGGAUGACGAGGCGGCGUCGCGUGUGCGGGCCGUGCUGGGGCUACUGCGGAGGGAGGCCUACGAGGCAGCGCUUGCGGCGGGCUCGGCUGCUACUGCCACUACCGCUACUGCUGCUGGUGGCGCUAUGGCCGCGCCGGCGGCGGGCUCCUCUGCGGUAGCAGCAGGAGCAGGUGGCGGCGGUGCGAUGAUGAUUGAGGUGGUGUCGGAUCUGGAUCAGGCGGAUGUGGUGAUUGGCACCAAGGGCAAACUGCGCAACACGCCCAAGAUCAAGAAUGCCGCCAAGAAGCGCGACGUGCCCAUCUACGCCCUCACCGCCACCUCCACCUCGGCCCUUCUGCGCAACCUCUGCCCCCUGCUCGGCCUGGACCCGCUGGCUGUAGCAGAGGUGGUGCGCAGCAGCGGCGCCGGCAGUAGCAGCAGCGGCGGCGGAGCCGCCGCCGACGGCGGCCUGAGCGACGGCGAGGGCUGGGGCGGCCUGGGCGGCUCGGAGGGCGAGGAGGAGGAGGGGGAGCUGCUGGUGUCUGGGAUGUCUGUGGCGCCGGGCGGCGGGCAGCGGCGCACCCUGGACCUUAGCGCGGCAGAUGACUACGCGGAACUGCUCGCCACCACCGUCCGCGAGCUGCGCUACGCGCCCCUGGACCGCUCCUACGCCCAACACAUUCUGGGCCGCUUCCUGGAAGAGAUGGGCGCGGCAGUAGCAGGCGCGCCCGGCGGCAGUAGCAGUGGCGGCGGCGGCGCGGUGCGCGCGGGCAGCCUGGCGGCUGUUGCGUGGGCGUGCAGCUUCGCCAAGCACCGCAAGAAGUUCGUGGAGGGCUGCCGGCCGCAGCUGAACGCGUUGGCGGCGGCGUGCGGGCAGCGCUGGUCCGAGAUGACUCCCAGCGAGCUGCUGCGGGCCGCCACUGGCUUUGCCGGCCUGCGCCUGCCGCCGCCCGGCGCCGCCUGGCUGCAGGGCCUGGCCGCGGCGGCGGCACCCGCCCUCGAGGCCGCGGAGCAGCAGCAGCAGGGGCAGGAGGAGGGAGAGAAGGAGAAGGAGGAGAAGCAGGAGUCCGGCCCGGGCUCAGCGGUGGGCUCCAGGAAGGUGGCGGCAGGUGGGCUGAGUGCUGACGAGGCCUCGCGGCUGCGGCUGGCGCUGGCGGAGCUGGAGCUGCUGCUGCCGGGGGGCGGCGGCGGCGACACGCAGCAGCAGCAGCAGCAGCAGGAGGCGGCGGCGGCGCUGGUCCGGGCGACCGCAUGAGCAGCGGCCUGUUCAACAUGUGGGCGUGGGGUAUGCGUGUGUGAGCGGGGAUGAGAAUGCAGGAGAGAAGGGCUGCUUGGUACGAGUGGCGGUGUGAGCGAGUGAGCCUUACACCAGAGGCCGCAGGAGCGCGCAGCAGGGGCGCGCGGCACAGCUGACGGGCGGGGAGCCAGCGCGGCGUGGAGCAGGCCAGGAACGCGGAGGGAAAUAGCCCGUCCAUGCAAGACAGAGCUGUAAAUGAUGGGGCGGGGGUAGCACUGAGCAUGCCUUGGGAGCGCGCGAGCAAUGCAGGUGGUGGGGACCACGUGAGGCGUACAACGCGGAGUGGCUGGGCGGUACUGCUUGUAUUGCUGCUGGCGAUCUGCUGGUAAACAGGGUGGCGGCCAGUGUGUGUGCGUGUGUGUGUGUAGGCUCGCACGGUGCCGCAAUGCUUCCACGCUGCCCCGCUGUAGCCAUGGUAUGCACCACAAUGCGGCAGUGUGUGUGCGCCGGCAGGACCAGCCGUUGCUGUCAUUUGUUGUGCGUGUUUGUUGCACAUGCACACGCACGCCCUCUCAUGGGAGCUGCUUGCGGUGUGGUGCUGGGUGCAGUCCAGGACGAGAGGCGGCUGUCGGCUGUGUGUAGGCAACCUAACAACACACAAACGUCGCUACACGGCCUACACCCAAAGUAUGCGGCUGGCGGAAUGGAAGUGGCAGUGUAACUUGCUUAUACUGCCAUGUACUCAUGUGUGGCUCAGCAAAAGGUGUGGGCGAGCGAGUCACGGUCGAGUGAUUACCGGUCGUUUCUGUCUUGUAACAUGCCCGGCCU